AUGUAUGUUUUAAAUGGAACUACUCUACUAGCCCCAAUUGCCAGUUCAGACCCUUCAGGCGUGUUAGUUCUAUCUAUAGUUGUAGCAGGAGCUGUUAUUAUCAUCAUAAUUAUCACUAUCGGUUGCUGCUACCGCCGCUGUAGAAAACAGGUGCCAGCAUCAGCAGACACCCACACACAUGAUGACUUGGUUGUAACUGUGUCACAAGGAAUACGGAAGGUAGCAGUCGUAUAUCCCCCUUCCGAGGACGCUGUGCACCAGGCUGAGGACAAUGUUGUAGUCGGCCCUGGAGGAUCUGCUUCUGGUAAUGAUCAACAAGGACCCGGACUCCGUAUUAAUCCUGUGUACGUCCCUACUAUUGUAGGUGACAGAAUAGUCACAACAGGGACAUCCACAGAGUCAGGUGUGAUGGGUGGCGAUAACCUAAAUCCUGAAACGAGAGGAGAAUAUGUUGCUCUUGAUAGGAAUGCUGUCCAACCCUCAAACAUCUAUGAACAUCUGACAACAUAUGAAGUAAUUGCCAACAUGUGAAGUAACAACCUGAAAAGAAACGGGCGUCUUUAUACUACACAUAUAAGGCCCACACGAAAACGUUCCCACCUUGUUUGUGCUACGAGAAAAUAAGGAAGAGAAUUUAUGAAUGUCAACUUGUGUAUACUUACUCCUUCAUCAGGUCAAGAAAAUGCUAUGAGGUAGAGAAUAUAUAUAUGCACCUGUAAGGACAACAAAAGUAAAAAAAUAACAUGGGGGAAACUUAACAAGCCAACAGAUAAUUGGCGCUGAUAGAUGAUUAGCAAUGGACAAAUGGAAGCAAACACUUAACAUGUCAUUGAUUGGUAAUAGGCAAUGGACAAUGGGCAAAUAUUACUUUUGUUGUCCUUACA